CGGUGCGUUUUACAUCAGCGCUAAAAAAUAACUCGGAUUCUUGCAUUGCCAAAGCAGCUCUGCAUUAAUUAUCAAACUCCAAGCCAGUUACAAGACGGCGGGUUGGAAAAACACGUUAUAUUUCCUCGCAAAGGGCAGCGUUUGAGAGAGAGAGAGAGAGAGAGAGAGAGAGAGAGAGAGAGAGAGAGAGAGAGAGAGAGACAGGUGCAGAUUGUGUUGAGUGAUAGCUGCGGUAGCGCAGAGGAAUAGCGGACCUGAGCGCUUCUCGCACGCACGCGCUUCAUCCACACACACACACGCACGCGCGCGCUCAAUCUCUCAAACGCGCUCAUAGACGAUCGCCUGCUUGAACGCUUUGUUGCAUCUUAUCUACUUUUAUAAUCCGCAAUGGAGGAAAACAUGGAAGAGGGUCAGACACAAAAAGGGUGCUCUGAAUGCUGCCUUAAAUGUCUGAGCGGGAUACCCUACGCCUCUCUGAUCGCAACCAUCUUGCUGUACGCUGGAGUGGCGCUGUUCUGCGGUUGCGGUCAUGAGGCUCUGUCUGGCACCAACACCAUUCUCCAGACCUACUUUGAGGUUGUCCGGUCGCCUACUGAUGCUCUGGAUGUCUUUAUCAUGAUUGACAUCUUAAAGUAUGUGAUCUAUGGAGUUGCAUCAGCAUUCUUUGUCUAUGGUAUUCUCCUGAUGGUUGAGGGCUUUUUCACAACUGGGGCCAUUCGGGACCUGUAUGGAGACUUUAAGAUCACCACCUGCGGGCGCUGUGUUAGUGCUUGGUUUAUCAUGCUUACCUAUAUCUUCCUGUUGGCUUGGCUGGGCAUCACAGCCUUCACCUCUCUGCCAGUAUUCAUGUAUUUUACCAUCUGGAACACCUGUCAGAACAUCACAGUGAAUAAUCACCCAAACCUGUGCUUCGAUUUGCGCCAGUUUGGAAUUGUGUCUGUCAGUGAAGAGAAGAAACUCUGUCCCACUUCUACCACUUCUGAUAACUUCGCAAAGCUGUGUGAAUCUAAUGAGCUGGACCUGACAUUUCAUUUAUUCGUCUGCGCGCUUGCGGGGGCUGGAGCAGCCGUUAUCGCCAUGGUUCACUACCUGAUGGUGCUGUCAGCUAACUGGGCAUACGUGAAGGACGCCUGCAGGAUGCAGAAAUACGAGGACAUCAAGUCCAAGGAGGAACAGGAGCUCCAUGAUAUCCACUCUACUCGCUCUAAAGAGCGUCUGAACGCAUACACAUAAAGCAUGCGACCAGACGCGUGCAUACACAUAUAUAAAUAUGUAUACACACACAAGCAUGUCCUUCCCCUCCCUGAAGAUACACAUAUAAACUAAACUAUGUCUACUAUCAUCGGUUUCCAGGGGUAUAAGGGAUGGCCGGGUGGUUGGGUUGGGAUGGGUUUGGGGAGGUAAAUAACACUUGCUAUGUACGGGUGUGACACAGAAUGUUGGUCAAGGAGAACUCUCAUCGUCUCCAUGGCAACGUCUCUGACUACCCAUAAUCCUUCAGCGUUUAGAUUUAGCUUUUUUCACCUCGGUUGCAGUUUCAUUUCUCCACUACCUCCCUGUUCCAUCUUUGUGUUUGAGAUAGCACACCCUGAUAAGUUUUUUGUAACACGUAUUAUUGCGUCUCAUCGGGUAUUGAUUGGGUUUUCGAGUUUAGCCAAAGGGAUUACAGCACACUUUUUUGUAUUACACAACGGUGAUUUUAAAUUUCACACUAGUUCACCCUAAAUAGAUUAGAUUUACAGACUUUUUAAUCUUUUAAAACCAAAAUGUGACCAAACUUGUAACUUAUGAUUUACAGGUUUAACGCUUCAAGCUGCCAAAUUUACAGCGGCAAUAGCACACAAAAAAAAUGUACAGAUACUUUUCACUUUCUCAGUUUUGGAGCGCCAGGGAUUUCAAAAAAGUACCUUAAAGUGACUUUUAGUGCUAUACUGUAGCUUGGCCUAACCGUAUAAGCUAGCUGCGCUAAGUAUAAAUGAUGGUGUGACACUGGUGCUUAGUAACAGUUUCGACAAAAUGGCUACCGCGAGAUAACAUCUCAAACUAGCUAAAGCAGUCAGGUAGGAUUUGCCUUGGGAGACUUAUUUGUUUUCACUCAUCCAUUGCAAGCCAUACUGUCACAUGCAAAUAACAUUUUCAGGUGUUUUAUUGCUUAGUUUUAGCUUUAACUUUUUAAAUGCAAGUAAUUCAACGAAACUUUUUUUGACAUUGAUCUGAACUGUAUAUAUAAAUAUCUCGAUAAAUGUAUACACAUUUCAUGUUUCAUGGUUUUUGAAACACGUCUCUGCAGUCAGUGAUGGGUGAUAUAAGAUGAUACGUUCAUAUCUAAAGGCAGUGACUUUGCCAAACACUGAGGAAGGUUUAAUACAGUAUCACAAUUGUUGGCAAGCAUGUUAGCAAGGCAUUUACCCUGCAUCAUUCAAGAUGUUUAGGCAUGUAUUACUCCAAUCUGGACCAGAUUCAGUGUUUUGGCUCGGUCUUGCCUACUUCAGCUUCCCUACUUUUACAGUAACGUGUCUUAUAUUUGUUUUUUGACAGUUGUGCUUUGAUCAGUGUCUCAUAAACAAACAAACAAACAAAAAAAGCUAGUUUUUGUGCACCUAUGGGCCAUUGUGAGUUUUGGUGCAAGUGCAUUUGAAAUCGGCGCAUACUCUUGCUAGUCAUUCAGCUUUUUAUAAACCACAAAAGUAUUAGGUAAAAAAAGAAAAUGUAAUUCUAGUUGUUAUUUGUGGCAUGGUUAUGCAUCUAAUGGUAAUAGUUUUAACUAACUCGAAAGAAAAAAACUAUCCUAUAUUUUGAUUUCCAUUUUUACACUUAUGACUGUCUUGCUGGGGUCAACUAUAUUUUUUCUAAAUGUGCAGUAUUACAGUGGCAAUGCUAACAAUAUUAAGCUAAAUAUCUUAUUAGAUCGUAGUGUUUGAGUUUUGUCCUUUAUAGUUCGUGAUGAUUUUCAACACCAUGUCUUAAACCUAUACUCGUUCUGAUGUUGCGUAUUCAGUAUUACCCUGACAUUGCUUUCAGCUCUAUCCAUGUACUAGCGUUUUGUAUUUUCACUGAGAAUGCUGUGUAGCAGGCAGUAAAAUUAACUGGUUUUGUACAUAAUGUGUGCCAACAGCUUGACAGUGGCUUUUUUCUUUUUCAA